CAGCGUUGUUGGGUAAAGUUAGCCGACAUGGGAAUCUUCCACAGCGCACACUCAUGCCGGGACAAAAUAAAGAAACUAAAGCAGGACUACAAACAAAUAAAAGACCAUAAUAACAAGAGUGGUAACGGCCGGAAGACCCGUAAAUUGUAUGAUCGAUUGGAUGCUCUGCUCGGACACAGACCCUCAUUAAUCUCCGGCACUUGUGGUGAAACGGCGGAUUCAGUGGCCUGUGAAUUGUCCAACGACGACUACUACGAAGGCGAGGCAGGACAACUCUCUGGAUUGGAAACAAGUGAGCUUUCCCCUCCGGAUCACAACAGCAGCACUUUCUCGUCUCCUAUUCAACCAUCCAAACGCAAAAGUUUUUGAAGGUGAGAGAGCCAUGACCAAGGACAAUAACAUAUUGGGCAAGUUUGAGCUGACCGGUAUUCCACCUUCUCCCAGAGGAGUCCCUCAGAUUGAAGACACCUUUGACAUUGAUGCCAAUGGCAUUCUAAAUGUGUCUCCGGUGGACAAAAGCACUGGAAAAGAGAACAAGAUCACCAUCACCAAUGACAAAGGGCGGUUGAGCAAGGAGGACAUUGAGCAGAUGGUGCAGGAGGCUGAGCAAUUCAAGGCUAAGGACGAGAUACAGAGAGAAAAGGUCACAGCCAAGAACUCACUCGAGUCUCUGGCCUUCACCGUGGAGGACGAGAAGCUCCAAGACAAGAUCAGCCCUGAGGACAAAAAGACCAUCGUAGAAAAGUGCAACGAAGACAUUGCCUGGCUCGCAUUUCACAUCACAUUUCUUGUAUCUAUUUUCUUUUAUUGAAGAUGU